AAAGACUACCUUUGAAAUAUGUAACGCGGGGAUCCUCAUCUUGGGUUUUUUUCCCACGUCGUGCUUCUCAACUGUUUCGUUCGCUGGUUCAUCAAAUUGGCUUCGUAACUCUUGCCCGACCUGCAAAGGCCGAUUAGCAGCGCCUUUGCAACCAGGUGACAGCAACAAUUUGUUACUAACUGCAUUGCAACCAGGUGAUAGUGGCGAUUUGUUGCUAACACCAUUUCGAGGACGAAAAACGGCAGGGACAGAUGGGGAAGUUCAAGAAAACGCAAAAGGUACGUAAGCUGAAGAGGAUCAUCAACCCAAAUGACAGCAGGCUUCAGCAGAACGGCCAAAAGGAAGUAAAAAAAAAUAUUAACAAAAAUGACGAGAAGGUAAAACAAGUGACCCAGAUAGAUAGCAACUUAUUUUUCAAUUACAAUGAAAAUUUAACUCCACCAUAUAAUAUAAUCCUUGACACGAACUUUAUAAACUCCAGCAUACAAUAUAAAUUGGACAUAAUAAAAGGCUGCUCAGAAUUGCUGCUAGCCAAAUGCAACAUUUACGUGACAGACUGCGUUGUGGCGGAAAUGGAAAAACUUGGCCAGCGAUUUUCCCUGGCACUAAAAAUACUAAAGGACCCGAGAUACAUCAGACUGACCUGCACGCAUAAAGGGACCUAUGCAGAUGACUGCAUUGUCAACCGGGUCACUGAAAGCCGCUGCUACAUCGUUGCUACCAACGAUAGGGACUUGAAAAUCAGGUUAAGGAAAAUCCCUGGCGUUCCCAUUUUAUAUGCCAAAAAUUUUAAGUACAGAAUUGAGAGGCUGCCGGAUAACAUUAUGAUAUGA